CCCAUGGGGCAGUUCACCAACCACCUUUCAUACAAACCACAAACAAGUCCUCUUUCUUUAUCACCGAUAUACUUAUUAUUUAUUCCUUGGAACUUCCUAAUCUUAUAGCCCCAUUGACUAAUUCAUAUAGUACAAUUGGCCUCGGCUGCAGUGUAAAUUUCCGAGUUUCUUCAGUGAAACCCUUAAAAUCGAGUUGUAUUCAAAGUAACCAUGCGGGGCAUUCAAGUCAGCGAAUAUGUCAAGGGGCCGCAAGAGCUCAAGGUGACGGAGAUCCCAGACCCGACUCCUAAGCCGGAUCAAUAUCUCAUCGAAGUCCACGCCGCGGCAACCAACUUCUUUGAUAUCCUGCAGGUACAGGGCAAAUACCAAAACCAACCUCCAUUCCCCUGGGUCGGCGGCGCCGAAUUCUCCGGCAUCGUCCUCGCAACCCCCAAAUCCGCCACCUCUCCCAAAUUCCCCGUCGGAUCCCGCGUCUUCGGCGCCAGCCAAGGCGCGUACGCAACACGCGUAUGCGCCGCCGAGCCAGAGCUCCUCGCCGUGCCAUCCGGAUGGUCCUUCGUCGACGCAGCAGGCCUCUUCGUCACGGCGCCGACGAGCUACGGCGCGCUGGUUCUGCGCGCGGGCGUGAAAGCCGGGGACUGGGUUCUCGUGCACGCGGCGGCGGGCGGCGUGGGGCUAGCCGCCGUGCAAGUCGCCAAAGCGUUCGGGGCGACGGUGAUCGCGACCGCGGGAUCCGCGCGGAAGCUCGAGGUCGCGAAGCAGUUCGGCGCGGACCACGUCCUGGAUUACAGGGACGCCGGGUGGGCCGAUAAGGUGAAGAAGCUGACGCCGAAGGGACGGGGCGUGAAUAUCGUGUAUGAUCCCGUGGGCAUGGUGGAUAAGAGCACGAAGUGCAUCGCGUGGAACGGGCGUAUCUUGGUUGUGGGGUUCGCGGCGGGCGCGAUUGAGAAGGUGGCUAUGAAUAAGGUGCUGUUGAAGAAUAUAAGCCUCGUUGGCAUCCAUUGGGGCGCGUACGCGCGGAAUGAGAGGCAGACGAUUCCGGUGGUGUGGGAGGGCAUUGGGAAGUUGAUUGAGCAGGGCAAGUUUAAGGGUACGGUGUUUACUGAUAAGGAGUUCGUCGGGCUGGAGAGUAUUCCGGAUGCGCUUUUGGCGCUUGGAGGGAGGGAGAGUUGGGGCAAGGUGGUGGUUAAAAUUCCGCAGUCGGGAGAGAGUAAGUUGUGAUGUUAGUGUUGGAUUAUUUCUCAUCCUUUUUGGUCUUGGAUGGUUAAAAAUGAGCGCCUUGAUAGUUGGCGCCGGUGUAUUAAAUUGGAAGUAUCUUGGUACAGAUUUCAU